UGAUUGAUUUUAGCUGUUUUUUAAUUUUUCAUUUCUGUGAGCCUAUUAUUAGGACAUGCUUGGUCCAACCUUGUGCUUACUGCAACUGAGCUUGUAGGUUAGAAUUCAAGGGCUGGAGAUCUUCAAGCCCCAUGCACGGAAGGACGUUCCUUCAUCCAUGUUAAUUGCCAAUGGGAUUAAACAGCCGACUGACACAGUUGGGGGAGCUGGUCUUGAAGUUCGCUUGGUACUAUGUGAGGACUAUGUUGAUGAUGAAAUGACUAACUGGAAAGUGGAAAACGUAAAAUUCUCUGUUCAGCAACCGAUUGAGGUGACUGUAACCAAGGAUGAGAUUCAGCACCUAGCUUUUCUGUGCAAAUCUGAAAUUGACUCAAUGGGCCGGAUAACAGCUGGGAUUCUACGGCUCCUUAAGUUGGAAGGUUCUGUUGGCCAGUCUGCAAUGGAUCAAUUAAGCAACCUAGGAACUGAGGGCAUUGACAAGAUUUUCUUCCAGAGGGAUGGUAGCGUCCGAUCUCCAUUGUCAAGCCCCAUCAGUGAAAGUCCAAACAGGUCAAAGAAACGAACUUUAGAUUUGCUUGAGGAAGCAGUCAUGGAUUCACAGGCCAAACUUGAUGCUUUAAUUACGGAAGUUGGUACUUCAGAGACUUCCAGUCAGCAUCUUGCUGUUGUGAAUGAGGUCCGUCAAAAGAUUGAGACUAUGCAGAAUCUAUUGAUGCAAUUGCAGAAUCAACUUUAGGAGUAUCACAACUAGAUCACCCAUUGCCAUAGGUUAUCAUUCUUUCGUAUAUAGCAUACAAGUCCAUUUGCUGAGUGUUGUACAAGUUAGGCUGAGGUUGAAGUUCGUCAUCGGUGUAACAUAAAAAUUUUGUUCGGGUCUUGCAUCAUGGAAUGAAGAAAAGUUAUAAUCUAAAAUUGCAGAUUGUCGCGCUUUUUCAUUUUGGCACUCCAAACGGUGACAGUCAAAUAACAUCCCGAUUUUUUGCC